AGCUGGGUAAAUUUACCGACAUACAGGAAGAAAAAAAAACAGCCCAGUCGUCUGCUCUGCAAGCCCGCACAAUCCCACGGUGACAUACACGACCGAAUCACUGCUUGACCAGUUUACCAGGUAUGGCUGAGUUGGCGAGUCUGGUGCAGCGGCUGGAGGUGGCGGUUGGUCGCCUGGAGUCCAUGUCAGGACCUGGUGACAGCGGUGGAGAUUCUGCUGGGGGAGCUGUAUCGGCGUUCGUGGAGGCCUAUGACCAGAUCAUCAAUGGUCCUCUGGCUCAGUACGUCUCCCUCAGCCAGAAGAUUGGGGGCGAUGUGCAGAAACAUGCAGACAUGAUGAAGCAGGCAUUCUCCAGUCAGAGACAACUCCUCGUAACCGCCUCCUCCUCCCAGAAGCCCUCUGAUGCGGUUUUGACGACUCUCCUGCAGCCGGUGUCCAAAGCCAUCCAGCAGGUGCAGGGGUUCCGUGAGCAGAACCGCACCUCGCCACAGUUCAACCACCUUUCUGCUGUGAGCGAGAGCGUGCCCGCCCUGGGAUGGGUUGCCAUGGCUCCUAAACCAUGCCCCUAUGUUAAAGAGAUGCAGGAUGCUGCCAUGUUCUACACCAACCGUGUGCUCAAGGAAUACAAGGAAAAGGACAAGACACAUGUGGACUGGGUGAAGGCCUACGUCUCCAUCUGGACUGAGCUGCAAAACUAUGUCAAACAGCACCACACCACCGGGCUGACCUGGAGCAAGAGCGGUCCCAUGGCUUCAGCCUCUGCAGCUCCCCCCAGGGCUCCUGCUGGUGGAUGUCCCCCACCUCCCCCUGGACCUCCUCCUCCCCCCAUGGACUUGAGCGCAUCGUCUGGCGGUGGCGGCGGAGAUGCUGGCGAUACCAACCGUAACGCUUUAUUCGCCUCUCUCAACCAGGGAGCGGACAUCACCAGGGGCCUGAAGCAUGUGAGCGACAACCAGAAGACCCACAAGAAUCCUACACUGAGGAGUGGGAGCGCUCCCGUACGUUCUGGGCCAAAACCUUUCGCCUCCCCCACUCCCCGACCUGCUGCGGCGGCCACCCCGACCCGUACGCUGCCCCCUGUGUUUGAGCUGGAUGGCAAGAAGUGGAAAGUGGAGAACCAAGAGGGAGCACAGGACCUGGUGAUCAACGACACUGAGCUGAAACAAGUGGUUUAUGCUUACAAGUGUAACAAGAGCACCCUGCAGGUCAAGAACAAAAUCAACUCCAUCACUUUAGACAACUGUAAGAAACUGGGCCUGGUGUUUGAUCAUGUCGUGGGCAUCGUAGAGAUCAUCAACUGCAGGGAUAUCAAGAUCCAGGUCAUGGGUAAGGUCCCCACUAUCUCCAUCAACAAGACGGACGGCUGCCAUGUCUACCUGAGCAAAGAUUCACUGAGCUGCGAGAUCGUCAGCGCCAAGAGCUCAGAGAUGAACGUCUUGGUACCCAACGAAGACGGAGAAUAUAUUGAGCUCCCUGUUCCUGAGCAGUUCAAGACCGUCUGGGACGGCAAGAAGCUUGUUACCACAUGUACUGAGAUCGCCGGAUAGACGCGGGCAGCAUAUGAAAUGGCCGCCCCUCCUCAACACCACCCCCACCCCUUUUUUUUUGCAAAUGCCUUCCUGACUGAUCGACCGCCCCACCAGUUAAUUCUCACACUGUAGACUUGAUAUUUGGACCUCAUCCGUUAUAUCUCUCUCCCUCCUUCCUUUUAUCAGCCAAUCACAGCUUAAGCUGUCCCCUUCCAUCAGCCAAUGAGAGGACUGCUCGCUUUUAUCUGGAGCAAUAUCCUCCAGCCAAUCAGCAGGGAGCGGCUUGUCAUUCAAAUUAUUUUUUCCUGUGAGCACUUUUCAAAAACAUUCAUGAGUUUUGCCAAUAGCUGGGAUGCUCUGUACAAUGACUUGUAUCUAUCUGGAUAAUGCUACGCUAAAUUUAACAUGUAGAAUAGCCAACAUGAGAACAGGCAUAGUGAUUCCUCUGCAAGCCAAUCAGGCUAUACGCUAACGAUGCUACAGGCUAUAGUUUCUCCUCUUCCUGGUCAGGAGAGGCUGGUAGGUUUCUGUUCCAUUAUAUGCAAUCCACUGGUGAAGCACUUGUCAAACAAAGAGGAUAAUGGCAUCCAUAUCACCUCUGCUGAUCAUGACUAUAAUAAUAUUAACAUUCAUAGUGGAUAAUAAUAUGAAAAAAAAUUAGAAAACUCAGCCUUCUCACAGAAAAAGGUGUAAAAACAAGUUGUGUGCACAUCAUGAAACUCCAUCUAGAUGACGUUGGAACAUUUAAAAUAGCAGGAAGAUGAUCAUUCCAUGUGAUUUCCAUUUAACCCACACAUAGGACAUUCCCAAGUAUUAAAAAAAAAUAAAAAAAAUAAAUACA